AUGCAGACUGCUUCUAUAAAAAUGUGUAAAUGACUGUGCAAUAAGUCCAUUUGUGAAAUUUCCUUGCUACUAAAUAUUCCACAGCCAACUGUUAGAGAUAUUAUAACAAAGUGGAAGCAACUGAGAACAACAGAAACUCAACCACAAGUGGUAGGCCACAUAAAAUGACAUAGUGGGGUCAGCACAUGCUGAAGCACAUAGUGACCAGAAGUUGCCAACUGUCUGCAGAGUCAAUAGCUAAAUACCUCAACACUUUGUGUGGCCUUCAGAUUAGCACAACAGCAGUGCAUAGAGAGCUUAAUUCAUGGAAUGGGUUUCCAUGGCCAAGCAGUUGCAUCCAA